AAAAUCCUCCUCAUUCACUUAUUAAACAUUUUUUUUCUCCAGUGGCUACCUUUACCAGCUGUGGCAGGGUAUCGCAUUUUGGUUGCCUUAUACUGUGUCAGCUGGAUAAUCUACAGCAUAAUCUUGGAUAAUACUUGGAAAUGGCUUAUUUUCCUUACAGACUGGACUUUUUUGUGUGUAACGACUUACUUCACUUGCAGUAGUGUGAUAUCUGUUAUAUACUGGAUUCACAUUCGCCACCAACGUGUAAAUGAUUGUUGUACAAGUAGUGAUUGCCUACCAGUGGAGAGGUCAGAUAUCUCUAACAAGGAACAAAUAAGCAACUCCCAAUACACAACACCGAGACAAUCGGCGAGUGACACUAAUGAAAGCAGCUUACUUGAAGAAGAAUAUUAUGAUGCGUUUGAGGAUACUGAAAAUAUUUCACCUGCAGAAAGAACAACUGAAAGUAAUACAGCAAGGCAUUCUAGUCAUGUGUAUGCCUGCUUACAAGCCUUGAACUACCCUCAAAAAUGGUACCAUAAGGUAUCAUGGGCAUUUUACAUCAUAGCCGCUAAUAAUUCUUUGCUUGUUACAGUUGUAUACUGGAGUCUGUUGUACUCAGGGUUUCAUAUUAGAGAAGCAGAUGUUGCUUUUCAUUUGCUAAACUCAGUCUUUAUGCUAAUAGAAACUUGCUUGAGCAGUAUCCCUGUGCAACUUCUCCAUAUCGUUUAUGCAGUGCUGUAUGGAGUUGUGUAUUUUCUUUUUUCAGUGGUCUAUUGGUUGCUUGGUGGGACCACUGAUGGUAAUAAGUACAUUUAUCCAAUCCUUGACUAUGAGAGUAAACCUGCUAAAGCUGCUGUGGUGAUAGUCCUGUAUGGGUUCAUUGGGCUACCUGUGGCUCAGCUGUUGAUAUUUGGCUUGUUUAAACUAAGAUGUUAUCUAAAAACUCUACGUAGACAGUGAACUGCAAUACCAUUUUAGUUUCUUUAUUAUCAUACUCGUGACACAAUUUAUCAUUUACUAGUUGGCAACAAUGAAAAAAUAUCCACAGAUACUAGUUUUAUUAGUCAAUUCUUAUAUUGCAAAUUGAAUAAUAAUGCAUGCUCAUAAUCACCCCAUGUAAGGAAAUACAAGACACUCUUGGAAUCUGGACUUCAGGUACUAGAUUCCGGAUUUGUCAGUGGAAUUUGGAUUCCUGAUUCCUUGAGCUGUAUUCGGGAUUCCAUAGCCAUGCAUGGAUCCCGGAUUCCAGAAGCAACACUUCUGUAUUCCAUAUUCCAUGAGCUAAAUUUCCUGGGUUCUGGAAUCCAGAUUCCCUUACAUGGGGCAACAUGCUUAGUUAGAGGGUAUAUAAUAUAGUCGAGACCAAUAGGGAGCGACUUCAGGUAACAGCAUGAUUAGUAGUGAUAUUUGGCAUAAAUACCGCGAGUGAUAUUUCAAAAUCAUUAUACUUCAUUUCACGAGCCGUUAGGGGAGUGAAAUUUCAGACAAUUUUGAAAUUCCAUGAGUGGUAUUUAUGCCAAAUAUCAUGUACAAAUCAUGCUAUUAUGUGUUUACACUACUACCUGCAAAAGCUUUGUAAUUUUCACAAUAGGUAUUUCAAAUUACGCUGAAAUACCACUGCUCUAAGCCAAUCAAAUUGCAGAAAUUUAUCAUUUAGAAGUGUAAGCAACUUUACCUACUAUGGAGGAGGUGAGCAUUUAAAAUAGUUUUCAUUUACUCCUCUAGUUUGUUUUUUUGUUGUUGUUGUUGUUUAAUUUUUUUUGCUUCUUCCCAUAUUUUAAUUAAAAUCAUGAACCUGUAUUUAGCGGAUACCUCUGUUAUAGGGACACCAGCGAAGGUCCCGUGGGUGUCCAAGAAGUUACAAGCAUGAAAACCUCGAAAAACCGUGUUCUUUUCCUCAUUAGCAUAACACUGUAAUUUUUAACACGCAAUUGUUAUGACGUCAAAAUCGUAAGUGUUUGGCAUUGUUAAUGCUGGUUUACGUAAUAUUUUUCCAACGCAUGCAAAUGCUGCGAAAGAGUCAACACUACGCCUCCCCUUGUGUAUCAACAUGUGUCGGGAGGAAUUUAGUCUUUCCCAAGUAAAACUGCAGCAUCACGACUCCGGAGAUUUUAUUCGAUCGCCGGUAAGUUGAAUUUUGGAGUGUUCACAGCUAGCCCACUCAUGAAUAUUUUCAACGCUAUCUAUGCAUGUAUUUGUUUGGUUUACACUUUACACUCUGAAUGACCUUAGUGUUGCUUCCUUACUUAGGCUUGACCUUAACAGAAAGGUUUAUAUUGCUGUUGACAGUGUCCAUUUCCAGACUAAAUUAUUGAGACUUCUGCAACAGUGAAGUCCCACUUCACUUUUCAGAUUGUGAGCGAGUCGUUUGACCAUUCAAACGAAACAUCCCUUUUAUACUUCAUCAGAUAUAUCUUGCAAAAUCUAGAAUUGAAAUCCAAGAUUUGCUUUCUUUAAGUAUAUUUUAAUUUGUUCCCUCUUGGGAGUUUCCUAUUUUUAAUCCCGCCAUGCGCUACGCUUGUGUCAAUGCUGUGUUACAUCGAUUUCUUCCGAAAGUUUACCGUCGAUCACUGCUUAGGCGACGAACAAAUUACGACGAUAUCAGAUGAUAAACAUGCCGAGACAGAGACUUGCUACUGCUUUGUGCUCUUUGACACUUCGGCUAAAAAAAGUUCAGAUAAGUCUUAAAGGAAAAAAAAAAACAAGGAAAAUCAAAACAGUGCUUGAAACGAACGCAUUUAUUUAGAAAUUGACUGAGGCUAAUUAUGCAAGUUUUUUGAAUAUUCGAAAAAUAUCUACAUAGCUAAGUACUGACUGCCAUAAGAGGAAAAGAAACCUAGCAAAUGAAAAUAGCACUGAAAGAAUCCAGUGCGCACUAAAUAACAUGAUGAUGUUAUAAAAUAGCGCUCAAACCAGUUCGGUUACCCUGCAAAAAUUUACGUGAUCUCUACCGAAGGGGAACAAUAUAGCAGAAAACAACAGUUGCACCAAACAACAAAACGCUUAGAAGAGGUACAAAGAACUAAUCAAACAGAAAAGAUAGAAAACUUCUCAACUUGCCUCACAGGUAAUAUUCAUCUUAAGCAGAAUUUAUUCUAGUUAAUCUUAACCUAACGGAGCUGAAAAACGGAAAAUUGUAACAUAGCUUGGAUAGCGCAAGCGUUUAUGUUACAUCAUUGUGAACGCUGAUUACGUCAACAACCUAAUACCUCGAGUAGUUAUCUUGAAAGCUUUGCAAUCCUCUCAAGUGUCAUCAAGUGCGUAAUAAACCCAAUGUUACACACAACAUGUGUUUUAUAACGUUUUCUAAAGAGAAAAAUGGUUAACACAUGGGAGGGGAGUAGGGUCAUCUGCGCACGCGCGCUAUGGUGUGUCAAUCAUUCUUUUCAGUCUUUUCGUUCAAAAAGCAAAACAACAACAACAACUUCGAUGAAUUAAAAGUUAUCCAUCUCAAUAUAAGUUGCCGGUACGCUUUUUUUUGAAGCCGCGGGCUCAUGAUCUUAACGGGCCACAGUAACCUGACUGCGUACUGCGAAGGGCCUUUCCAGCACAGUCAACUGUGUAAGGGUAGUUUUCUAAAGAAAUUAUCUCUGAUAAAUUCGCGAAGGAGGCAUGGAGACCGUCAUAGGUUUAUUGACUCAGACGCAGUGUAUAACGAUUACUAACUGGUCACAUAACUUGAUUUGUUGCAGUGGUUCCCGGAUGUUGGAGUGACCAUAUAUCGCUGUGUGUUCGCUGGUUAUUGCCUUGGUUGGAUUAUUUACAGUGGCUUUCACCUUAGUAAUGGAGACGAGAAGUGGUUCAUCUAUCUCACUAACUGGAGCUUUGCAUUCCUUACGUUGUAUUUCAUCUUGGCAUUUGUUGUGUGUGUGUUUAACCACAUCAGGGAUACACCGAAUGAAACAGCCCCCGUACAAAUGACAACAGCAAAGAGCGAUGGAAGCAGCGGGAUUAGCAUUGAGGUCGCUAACGACCAAGGCCUAAACUAUGAACAACCAGCCGCGAAAAUGGCGUGGUAUCACAAAGCAUUAUGGGUCAUCUUUAUUAUCGCUGCCAAUGCCGCCAUCUUGGUAACCCUGUUGUACUGGACGCUCAUCUUUACCGGAAAAACCAGUGGGCUGGACAUAUCAACCCAUUUGAUAAACAGCCUUUUUAUCGUAGCAGACGUGAUGCUUAGUGAAACUCCUGUGAGAUUCCUUCACUUUCUUUACGCUUGGAUCUAUGGUGCUUGUUAUGUUCUGAUGACUGUGAUAUUUUGGGCAUCAAAUGGCACUAAUGCUCUUGGCGAUCCCUAUAUAUAUUCGUAUAUAGAUUAUGAUGAGUCUCCGGCACUCUCUAGUGGUAUUGUUGUUGGGUUUGUUUUGUUGGGACAGCCGUUUGUCCAGGCCAUCCUUUUUGGCCUGUUCAAACUGAGAGGGUUUUUGGCUCUAAAAUGUGGCAACAAAAUGUAAAUUCCUUUCAGCCAUAAACUACCACUUAAGUCAUCCUUAUAGCAUACUGUAUAAUCAUUGCAAUGAUUAUUAUAUUUUUCUACUCAGAUCAUUGUUUUAUGUUGUCAGAUUCUCUAAGUACAUAUACAAAUGUUUUACCGUUUAAUUUUUUUAAAUUUUCUUCUUGCACAUUGUCUUACGCCUUCAAGCCUUCAAAACUGUCCCAAAUGAAAAGGUUUUUUAACUUUUUUUAUUUACCGCCUACUUGUAAUUAGAACUUGUAAUUGAUGUUGUAAUUAAAUAACUGGGAAAUAAAUCUGGAGUCGUGUGAGUUAAUAUUUUCAGCGGUUUUAACAUCUGCCCAUGCGUAGUGCGCUCAGCUAAGCAAAUCCAAGAUAGCGUCUUCCAGUUGAGUUCUCUCGCGUCCAUGCACCUUUUUCGUACAAAGAUCAAGGGUUGAUUUCCACUGUCUUGUAAUUUUUCUGUGCGAACGAACGUAAAAUUUGCGAGCGUAAAUGAAACAGAGGCGGCAAUGUAUGAAACGCCACGCGCAAACGUAGAAGUUGUGCGAGGUUCAGCGUUUACGUAUACGUGUUGGCCCUCCAUACAUUAGAGAGAUUAAGAUUCACAUUUACCGUAAACGUGAAUUUGUACCAUGCACGUGACCAAGUUUUGCCCUUAAUUGUCGUUAACUGUUUAUUACUUCUACUCAAAAAUAAGUAGUUUCACGCCUGUUUUAUACAAAAGAAUUGUUCGCGACAGUUUUUAUCUGCCUCUUUUCUAUUUUGAGAAAUUCUCAGCUUGAAUCUGCCGUUUGCCUUUUGCCGUAAACUUGACUGCUAAUCCCUCUAUUGUCUUCAUUUUACUAACGCGAGUAAAUUUCACGCGCGAAUUCGCGCGCGUACAAUACUCGACAUUGGAAAUCCACCCUUAGAUAGUAAUGAUGUUCGCACUACGCUGGUCAAAUUUUCGACCGAACCGGGAGAGGGAGGGGAAUUUGGCGUCGAUUUUGAUGUAAAUUUUCGUAAUUCCUCCGUGUGAGCAGAACACCAGAAACUCACACCUUUUAUGAGACGACUUGAACAACGAAGAAAAUCACUAACAAUUACGAUGCAAGUUUGUUCAGUUGUUUUUGUUGUUUGUUUUGUUUUUACUUUGACAUCUUUGUUAACUUCCCCGUCCUCGUCGUCUUGGAUCCGGGAUUCCACAGAUUCCAAAUGUCUUAUCAGAGAUACUUGGAUUCCUGAUAGAGCGGUUUUCACUUGACUGUCGAAAGGGAUUGGUUUUGGUUUUGGUUUUGGUUUUACUACGCCCUUUGGUUGGCUAGUGUAUUUACUUUGGUUUUGCUUUUACGACAGUCAAGUGAAAACCGCUCUAACCAAUCGUUAAUGAGAUUCCGGAUUCCUUGAGUUGAAUUACAGAUUCCAAAGCCCAGGAUUCCAGAUUCCAAGAUCUUAGAUUCCGGAAUCCUGAUUACCUCAUAUUGUCUUAAGUUUGCAGAAGGACCGUGAAUCUGUAUUAAACUGAAAAGCCCGGUUUCGUCGCUUGUAUUGGGAUUUUGAAUCCUAAUUAUCCGACUUUUUUAUUCGGAUACUUUAAUAUUCACUUUAUAUUCACUUUAUAUUUGAAUAUAAAGUGAAUAUUAAAGUAUCCGAAUAAAAAGUCGGAUAAUUAGGAUAAUGAAUGUCUGUAAACCGCCAGGUAAUCCGAAUGUGUUCAGGAAUCUGGAAACAUUUGAUCCAAAAAAACCUCUUUCAUUGUAAAACUAAGUAGCCUUUGAUGAAGUUUCCUCGCAGUAUUUUUUCCAUAUGUAAAUAUUUCUUUAUUACAAGUUCAUCUUUUUUGUUUUCCUUUGUAUCAGGGGGAAAAGAGUAAAUUAUCGUCUCUACAUCAAAGAAAACUUUCACAAUAAAAGCAGUCAAAAGCUUUAAAGGAUAAUGGGGUAAAUCCUUUUUUGUCUUUUUCUUUUUCAAGAUCGAAUUAAUUAAGUACAAGCUAAUUUGUUUUGUGUGCUGCUGAUAUUAGCACGUGGUACAUCACAAUAAACUCCUCAGGGACUCUAGCCAUUGUCAAGCAAAUCAACAACCUCUUCUAACAAGGAACAAAUAAGCAACUCCCAAUACACAACACCGAGACAAUCGGCGAGUGACACUAAUGAAAGCAGCUUACUUGAAGAAGAAUAUUAUGAUGCGUUUGAGGAUACUGAAAAUAUUUCACCUGCAGAAAGAACAACUGAAAGUAAUACAGCAAGGCAUUCUAGUCAUGUGUAUGCCUGCUUACAAGCCUUGAACUACCCUCAAAAAUGGUACCAUAAGGUAUCAUGGGCAUUUUACAUCAUAGCCGCUAAUAAUUCUUUGCUUGUUACAGUUGUAUACUGGAGUCUGUUGUACUCAGGGUUUCAUAUUAGAGAAGCAGAUGUUGCUUUUCAUUUGCUAAACUCAGUCUUUAUGCUAAUAGAAACUUGCUUGAGCAGUAUCCCUGUGCAACUUCUCCAUAUCGUUUAUGCAGUGCUGUAUGGAGUUGUGUAUUUUCUUUUUUCAGUGGUCUAUUGGUUGCUUGGUGGGACCACUGAUGGUAAUAAGUACAUUUAUCCAAUCCUUGACUAUGAGAGUAAACCUGCUAAAGCUGCUGUGGUGAUAGUCCUGUAUGGGUUCAUUGGGCUACCUGUGGCUCAGCUGUUGAUAUUUGGCUUGUUUAAACUAAGAUGUUAUCUAAAAACUCUACGUAGACAGUGA